ACUCUGCUUCUUUUCUCUUUCUUUUUUCUUUUUUCUUUUCUUCCCUCAUUCCUCUCUAAAACCCUUGGAUCUGACAAAACAAACUCUGAAACCCAAUUCAACAACAGAAUUCUUCUGAAAUUCUCUGAUUUUUGGAAGUUUAGAUCCGAAAAUGAGCACUCCGGGUACUAAUUAUCUGCUUCAACUUCAUUCCAAGAUCGUUUAAUUUCCCCUGGAUCCAUGGAUGUUGUGGUCAGUCCUGUGGUGAACUCCACAGUAGGUUUAGGUGUGAAAAAGGUGAAGCAGGGGAUUGGUGUGAGGAAGAGAAUAAAAGAACUAGGAGAAGAUUUAGAGUUGUUUAUCCAUCCCCGUGUAGGCGAUGCCCACCUAUCAGUGGUUGGAAGCGGGUACAUGGAAGAAGAUGGCUUUCAAUAUCUUAGGUUGGUGAAAGUUAUACUGGAUGAAUUCCAGGACUUAAUGCUAGUGUACAAUAGAGAGUUUCGUGAUGAUCCAGAUGAGCUAAAGAAGGUGGAUUGGGGCAAAGCACACCUUCUGUUUCGACUGUCUAGUGUCAAGCGAUUCCCUCUUCGACUUAGAAUUGGUAGCACGAUAAAUUCUAUUAAUGAGAAGCUUAGGAAGUUCAAGGAGCACCAAAAUUGUAGUACUGCAGUUCCAAAACAAACAGAACGUGACUGCUCUAGUUCUGAUGUCGAUGAGUCAAAAAUACUUGGGCGUGACAAGGAAAAAGCCGAUCUAAUGUCAAUGCUGGGGUGCUCUGAUGAUACGCCUGCUACUACUACUCCAACAACAGCUUCAACAAGCACAAGCACUGCUGUCAAAUUCGUCUUUAUAACUGGUACUACAGGUUGCGGCAAAACAGCGCUUGCUCAGUUCGUUAUAAAAGAUAAGAAGGUGAAAGAACAUUUCAAAGACAAUAUUUUCUGGGUAUCCGUAAGUGGCCUCGUUGAUGAUAAAAAGAAGUUUGCCAUUGCAUUAAUCGAAGCAAUGCGGGAAAAAGCCCCUAAAUAUCAUGAAUGGAAUCCUCUGCAUAGUCAUUUGAGGAAUUGUAUCAAGAAGAAGGAAAUGAUGCUGCUUGUUCUGGACGGUGCAUGUGGUGUUGAUUAUGAGACAUGGGAAGGAGAACUGAAACCCUGCUUUGAUGCUGCAGCGCCUGGGAGUAGAAUUCUUGUUACCACCCACCUAACUAAUCUUUCAACCAUGAUGGGCGUUUCCAGCGAACUUACAUUUCCUUUAAGUGGAUUACCGUAUGAUGAUGCAGAUGAUGCUUGGUUAUUGCUAUGUGAUGCAGCUUUUCCAGGACAGUCAGGAGAACAGAUACGAGAGUAUGAAAUGAUCGGGAAGAAACUGGCUCGAGGAUGCGCAGGCAUACCUGGUGUUAUCACAAAAUUAGGACGGGUCUUGCGCAUGAAAAAAACUCCGCAACAGUGGAACGAUGUCCAUGAAAAUGGUAUUUGGAAUCUGAAUGAAGGGAAUUUAAACUCCAACUAUGAAAGGUUGUUACCACGACAUCUCUUCGUCACCUAUGAUGCUUUCCUUGAUCCAGCCUUGCAACAGUGCUUCAAAUUCUGCGCCGGCCUACCAUAUGAGUACGAGAUAAACAGAGGCAUUCUUAUAAAACUCUGGAUGGCUCUAGACUAUCUGAAUGGAACGCGCACUGGACAGAUGGAGGAGAAAGGUGACAUGUAUUUUAACUUGUUAACAACAUGUUCAUUUUUGUACAAAUCAAACCCAGGUGGCAAUGUCUACAAGUUCUAUGGCCAUGUAGAUGCUCUUGCUCGGCAUCUAGCUGGUAACGAGAGUUGCUGUUACCCAGUGACUGGAACAAGUUCUUGUUCAAAUGGAUGUAUUGGACCUGAUACUCGUCACUUGACAAUAAACCUCGGAGAUAGUGAUAUGGAUUAUGUUCCUGGCCCCCUGUCCAAAGCCGUUAAGCUGCGGAUGCUGAAACUCAUGACCAUAUCGGCAACGUUAAAGGUCCCAUCAUAUGUAUUUAGCCAGUUCCCGUUACUGAUGGCACUGGAUAUGAGCUGCACUGGCCUUACUGAGCUACCAUCCGAGGUAAGCAAGCUGAAAUCCCUGAAGAUUCUUAUCUUGUCUGGUUCAAGGUUUCAAAAACUCCCCGAUACAGUUUGUGAUCUCAACUGCUUGGAAACCUUAAUUCUGAAUGAAUGUCUGGAACUUACUGAGUUGCCUCAGAAGAUAGGUCAGCUCACUAAAUUACGGCAUCUUGAAAUCAGUGAUACACCAAAACUUCAGAAGUUCCCCAAGGGAUUUAGGAAGUUAAUAAACCUUAGGACGCUGUCUAAAUUUGUUGUAGCUGCUCAAGGCUCAAGAAAAGGUGCGAAGAUUGGAGAACUGCAAGAACUGAACUUGUUGCAAGGGCGCCUCACGAUCAAGGGAUUGAAUAGAGUGCAAAGUGGUUCUGAUGCUGUGAAGGCAGCAUUGGUGGAUAAGAAAGAUCUCCGGUCUUUGUGUCUUGACUUUGAGCGCAACCUGUCGCAAAAACCAGAAAAAGUACAGAUCAUGGAAGACGUGCUUGAAGCUCUCAAACCAAAUGCAACGGCGAUUAGCAAUGUAGAUCUGUGUAACUAUCCAAGUGCCCGUAUGCCAAGUUGGUGGACGGCACCUACAAACCAAGAUUGAUCUAAUAGUAAGAGAAGUCUCCGGGUCGUCAAAGCAUCCAUUCUAAAACAGGAAGGUAGCUGCUGCGUCUACCUUCUUGAGCUGGCGACAAUUUUCAGAGAAGUUUAACACCUGUGUGGUUUUGAUAAACAAUUAAGACUCUUCUUUUUUUCUUGUGUCUGUGUGUGAAGGAAUAGGAGCAACUAAGACUUUAGGUGAUAAGAAAUCCUAGUUUAAUAAGGAGGCUUGGAAGGUUUUUUUCCGCUUUUUACUCUCAAGUUUUCUUUCUUAAGGAUGUAGUUUUUGUAAUUCAGCACUGCACUUGUUUGUUUAGUUUAAUUUGGUAGGAUGUUGUUGCUCUGAAUUCCAGUUCCUUUCUCAGAAUUCUUCCUAAUUUCUAAGAGUGUUUUAAAUUUCAUUAUAUUAUUAAGCUCUUUAAGUUC